UUAAAGUCUGAUAAAACGGUUUUUCUUAUAUGAGAUCAACAUCAUUUACGUAAAUUACAGUGUUUCGUUUUUCGCAUACGACAGGUAUAAUUUGUGAAUUUCAAUUUUGCGAACAAUUUUAUAAAAACGAACGAAAUGCGAGAAAAGUUUGAAACGUGGAAAGAAUUAAUACAAUCGGAGAAAUUACGAGAUGCAUUGGAGAAUAUUCAGAUGAACAUUCGUGUGCAACCCGACAGUAAAUUGAACGAGAAUAUUUUUAAAUUGCUCUUAAACUUGUGUCACAUAGCAGACAAAUGUCGUACAGCGGACAAACCAAACUGCGAAACUGGAAAGGAAAUAGCUGAACUAACUAAAUUGCUUUGCUCAUUAUUAAUUAAUGUACCUGAUGACAACAAAUUUGUCAAAGUUUUGUUUAAAAUUGUUCAUUGUUUGAUCUCUUUAAAUCUGUAUAAGGAUGCAGCAGAAGUCUGUUGUUACCUGCAGCCUGGCAAUUUGUAUCAUCCUCAAGCUGAGACUAUGAAUCUUCUAACAAAAGUAUUAUCCUUAUGGCAUACUACUGCGAAUAACAUGUAUCAAGCUUUUAGCAAUAAGUCUUUAAACACAGAAAACUACAACAAUUUAAAAAGUAUUAUAAAAUACGAGAUCAAAAUAAUUCAAAUUGUAUAUAAAAAUUAUACAAAGCAGCUGAUUAGCACGAUAAGCUCACAUAUAGAUAAAAUAACAUUAGUUGAUAAAGAAAAAAAAUAUUUUCAUGACUUUUAUAAACAUAUAUUGGAAUAUUUAAAAGAAACACAGUUGUACUUAGACAAAGAUGAAAAAUAUAUAAUAUAUUGUCAUAUACUUCGUAUCCUGUGUCACAUAAUACGUAGGACUAUUGAUAUGACUAAUAUCAGGUGUACAAUGAAAAUAUUUGAUGAAUUAUCUAAUUAUUUCAACGUUCUUCUAAUAGAAGAUGAAGAAUGUUAUCAGUGCUUUCAACAAUUUCAAAGUUUUUGUACAACACUUUUAGUGCCAAUGGAGAAUCUUGUGAACAACAAUGCCAAAAAUAUGCAAGAUGUUGUUUCUUGUCAAUUAAACCUUGCGCAAAAAUAUGGUAAUGCAGAAAGCCUUAGAUGGAAUGCAUUGAUUCUUGGAGAAAUAAUUGAACCCAUAUUUCAAUAUUGGGAAACAUGCAUAGAAACUGACGAACAUGUGCUAAAGCAAUUACUUGAUACUGAAAUAUUGUUCGAAUCAAUGAACUUAUUUCUACAUAUAGAUACGGAUGAAUUUUAUAUUAAACGAAUGUCAAUCGAAUGUAAAUGGUGCCUAGACAAAAUGUGUACAGUUAAUAGGGAUUUAUAUAAUGCUAUAAUAAUGAAAUGUAAAUGUAUCAAUUUAUUAUGUAAAUAUCAUGUUAAAAAUAUGCCAAAAAAAGUGUGUGUCCUUGCUAGAAAAAUCUUGGAGCAAAAUGUCAAACGGAUUAUGCGUGAAAUGGAAGAAUACAAAUGUAACCGUUGGAUACGUUUAUGGAACACAUGUCGCACUUUAAUUUUAAAUAUGAGCAUAUUAUCUGAGCAUAUUUAUGAGGAAAGCAUACAUUUAUACUCCUUGUUAUGUGUUUCAAUCUUUCAAUUUCAAGAAAUUGAAUCAAAUUUUGAGGAUUUUGAAAAUAUUGUUUCUACUGCAUUAAGCAAAUUAAGUGUUAUGCAUUAUAAGAAUAAUACAUAUAGAGAAGCCAUGACUGCAUCCGCAUUGAAUGCCUUGUUAACUUAUGAUCAACCGAAUACAAAAGCUUUCCUUGCAUGGACGACCAUCAAAAAACAAGUUUCUAAGAAAGUUGCACAAUUAACUAUGCUGGACUGCCUAAAAAAUGAUAGAGACAAGAUAAAGAAUGAACUAGGUUUAUCAAUUGACAUGUCCAAGUAUGAUCUCGUUAAGUUAUGCUUGCGCGAAGCAAAAAGUUUGCUAGAAGGGAACAUUUCAUUUACCAAUGGUGUGUCGGCAGUUUUAGACAAACUUAAAAAAUUAAAACCAAGUAAUUGCCAAUAUGCACACGUGGCACAAUUAUUAGGAUAUUAUUUGUUAGGUUUUGAAUAUGACAGCUCUAUUCUGAAAUAUCAGGAGCAAAUUAUAUCUGAUUUAAAGCAGAACAAGUUGAACUCUGUGGCUCUUUUGUGCUUGGAGGCUAACUUAUAUUUUUUUAUAUUUGUGGAGGAACUGCGUGCGAUGACUAAGCAGACUCAGAUGGAAAUGGAAAAUACAAAAUUUGCUCUUUGUGCUCCCAAAAUACCAGAACUUGUUGAAACCAAAUCUCCAAAUAUAAUUCCUUCUUACACUAUGAUAAAUAUUAAAAAAGCUUCCAGCCUUGUACUAAAUUUACAAAAAUGUCUGCAGAAAUGGAAACAACUAUUUAAUCGUGAUAUUAAUGAGAUUGUCAAAAAUUGGGAACCGACUCUCGUACUUCGCAUAUUGAUAACAGCUGGCGAAUAUUCUCGACUAUAUCGUUAUGAAGAUUGUGAAGCUGAAGCAUGGAUGCUAGCGUAUAAAUUAGCGUCAAAAAUCGAUGAUUAUCGUACAAUUAUUUAUGUCACAGGUCGUUGUAUUUCAUUGAGACAAAUUGAUUACAAUUGGAUUGCCAUUGCUAAGGAAUAUGCCAUAAAGCAUAGAGAUUCCAAGGAUGAAAAUGUAACUGGCGCCAUUGCUAUGUUUUGGAUAAGCUUAGCAGAUCUCUAUUUCGAAUGUGGGAAAUAUGAUGAUGCUAAGCAAUUAGUCACUGAAGCUAAAAGCUUACCAGAAAUUUCAUUUUUUGGUAAUAAAUCUGUGUAUCUGCUAAGCUUAGAUGUCAUUAUACGCAACAGCAGUUUAUAUAAAGAUAAUAUGCAACACGAAGAUUAUGGUUCAUACAUUGUAGAGACUCUGUUUACAUCGAGAUGCUUAAAUCAAGAUCUAUUAACGGAAAAACAUGAAAAUCAGGCGGAUUAUCUUUUCAGUUUUGAUGUGGUUUUCACUACGGCAGUUAAUUUAUCCAUAAGAAUAAAUAGUUUAUUAUCCUUUCGUGGAAUUAGUCCGGAUUUAGUGCUACAUUUAAAAUCGGCACAGAGUUUAGGCGCGGUGCUGCGUGUUGCCGAAUUGUUGAAAUCGUUAUGUUACAUCGAUCUAUCGCGUUCAAAAUUAAAUGAUUGCGAAGUGAAACUGCAAGGUCUUGAACACAUGUUGGGCAUCGAGACGUUUCAGUCGUCAAUAAAUGUUGAACCUGUCAAACAAACAUCUCCUUAUCUUGCUGUGACUCCUACGAGGAUUGUAAAUGAUCCUAUCAGAGAUACACUUCAGCAUGGCUCCUCGCCAAUACUCGGCAAAAAAGUCUUCGAUUUGCCGACAUUCACGCUGCACACAAAUUGCGAUUGCCACAUAUGCGGCAAUGUAUCGUAUCAAUAUUUGGUGUUCGUCGCCACUUAUAUCAGGGCACAACUAUACGCCUUGCAGAAUCAAGUCACGAUAGCGCUCGAACACUUUUAUGGUGCUUUUGAAAUAAGGCAGAGACUGUUCAAGGAAGAGGAGUCUGCUUUGCCUGAAAACUGGCCUGACAAUGAAAUCGGCGUGAAGCGAUUCUCUUGGCAAGCGCGAUUCUACAUCAUCGAUUAUAUUCAUCUAUUGAUUGAUUUCUGUUACUUUCUGAAGACAAACGUAACAUCGAAACAACAGAAUGCGUUUGAUAUCGCUAAUUUAACGAUUGAUAUAUGUCACAGAUAUAAAUUAGAAGGACAUCCUAUCUACAUGUCAGCUAAAGAAUUAGCAUUGGAUAAUGAUUUUCAACCGAUAUUGGAAUCUUCAGGUUGUUUAAAGUUUACAGUCCCACAGCCACAUGACAUUGAUAUAACCAGGUAUACGAGAGCUCGAAUUAACUCCUCAGACGUUUGUGUUACCCCAUCUGUUCAGAAUCAUCCCAAGAAACCUCUUUCGAUUCGACGUAAAAGGAGUCCAAUAGCUUUGAAGAUAGCUAAAAUCAAUAUAAAUUGGAGCGACGACGAAGAUGACGAUAGUUUAUCACCACCAUUAACCACGCGCUUAACUAGAAAAUCCAAGUUUCCAGGUGCAAAGUUAGUGACGAGAAAAAUUUUGGAAGAUCUAUCUGAUAACGAUAAUUCAGAUAUACAAGUAUCGAAGAAAACAGAAUCGGAACAUGAUCUAAAUGGAGACGGAAAUAAUACACAGAAAAAAUCGAUAAAAGAUAUAAUGAUUAAAGUAGCGCCUUUAGUUCCAGAUAUAUCAGAAACCUUAAUGGAUUUGAUAGAGAAGUCAGAUGUAUCUGCUACAAAUAUUGAUGAAUUGAUAGAAAAAGUGGAAAGUCUCAAGAUUAAUUCGAGUAGAAUGCCAAGGACAAAGAAUUUUAAAGAUAAAACAAAAUUAACAAUUGUGGAUUAUAAUAAAAAUGUAGAUCGAACCAUCGAGUUAUUAAAAAAUGUAACGACAAAUGAAAAUAUUGAUUCUUUUAUGUCAACAAAAGUUGAUAAACAGAUACAAAAUCAGAAGACUCCACAUGAAAAGAAAUUUUUUAAAACUGGGUUAUUAAAAGAAUAUAAGGAAAGUGCAAAAUUACAUCCAAAUAAUGAAAUAUACAAUACAAGAAUGACAAGAUCCAGUCUUAGAAGAAGAAUUGAAGAGAAACUAUGAUAAAGAUAUAUGAAAACUGCUGUAAAACAAUUAUCUUACAAAACUCUAUAGAAUUAAAACAAUGACAGUAUUUUUCAUAGCAUAAUUAAAUAAUUAUUUUUGUAUAAGAAAAAGAAUCAAAGAUCAAAAAAA